UUACUGUUCAUGAUAAUGAAACCCACAAGUGUAUCUUGCGAGAAGCAAGAACUCCUCUGUGAGAAGCAGAACUCCUCUUUAGCAAAUAGACCAGGCUGUUAAUUUGUUACACCCGAGGAUUGUCGCAUUGAGGGAGCCAGUUUUACUGCUUGUUUCAAAAUACUGGAGAGCUUUGGGAUAUCCAGAAUCAGAAGCCACGGGUGAAGUUACUCAUGGAGAGAUUUGAGAGAUCUAACAGAGGCACAGAGGAUCCUUCAAACAGUCGACCCCUCAAAAUCCCAAGACAAGAUGCCCCUAAAGGAUUACAGACAAGGAAAGCAGCACUUGAGAAAUUUACAAAUAAAGGAUGUACUGCAUUUUGUCCAGGACCCAGUACUCUUCACAAACCUGCUCAGCCUAAGCCUCCUCUGGCAGUCAAGCCUUCAAGUGAUGAUAAACCAGAGAAAGAUCCAAACCCACCACAUUUAAACCCAGUGGCACAAAGGUUUGGUGUUCAGCUUCAGCCCACUAACAGAGGAAAUGAUGAAAAAGCUGGAUGCAGUAAACUCUCUAUCAAAACCAGUGACCCGUCAAAAGAGGACCCAAAGCCUUUGAACCCAAAACCUGCAUGGAACAAGCACCUUGCUCCUCCUGAUAAAGAAAAAAAUCCUCUAGGAUCAAAGCCUAAUUUAAAUUUUGCAUCACAGGAGAAUGAGGGAAAACCGGAAUUCUCAAAAGUAGCUGCAGUUAAGGAAAAGUUAAGGUCUGCAACACAAGAAAAUGAGCCCAAGCCUCUUGUUUCUAAACCACCUCUUGCACGGAAACCUUCUCUAAACAAUGAGGUAUCUCAGAAGGAAGACACUUCUAAUAAAAGUAAUUCUCUGCAAAGACAGUCUGGACCUAGAACAAAUAUACAUGCAGGCCAAGAAGCAAAGGAAAUGGGUGAAAAUAAUAACUCUGCUGCAGAAGCUCCAGGCAGUACUUUUCCUAAAACAGCUCUGAAGCGUACUGGCCUCAGGUCCAGCUUAUCAAAAGGAACCCCCAAAACUGUGGCAGAAAACACUGAAGAGAAGGGAAUGAGUGCUGCCAAGAACAUCUUCCUCAAGAAAAUCUCCGAGGAAGAAUCAGGUUCUUCUCGUAAAUUCCAUAAGAUGAAUACGGCUCUUGCUGCAGGAAGACCAUCAGGUGAAUCACAAGAGGAUGAGAACAGGAGUUCUAGAAUGCCCAAACGGAAAAUCCUGCCUUCAGUGGCCAAUCUGGGCCAGCCCCCCAAAAAGCCCAGCAGACCCCCCUCUGUGAAUCUGGAAAAGUUCCUGAAGAGCCACCAAAAAUUCAGUCCUAAAAAUGAAGGUUUGAAACAGAAGACACUUUCCUCAGCAGCACUUGCCCCACCGAUACCUCCAUCACACGCGGCGGGGCCACCUCCUCCACCGGCCUUUCACCCAUCCCUGCAGGGGCCAGCAGCUCCCAGCCUGCCUCCCAGAAACAUCAAGCCCAGCUCUGAAACAAUAAACCUAGAAAAUGAAGAAAAUUAUGAUGACGUUGAAUUUGUUUCACAAGGUCAUGGAAAUACACAGAGGGGUCAAGAAAGUGAUGGAGAGAUGUAUGAAGACAUUAAUGACAUCAGAUCAUCAAGGGGAAAAGAGAAGAACUGGGACAAAGAAGAUAAGAGAAGAAUGGACCAGGAGAAGAAAGAACAAAAGGAAAAAGAAAAGAAAGAGCAUGAACUGAGGAAAAAGUUCAAAUUAACAGGACCCAUUGAAGUCCUUCAUCAGGCACGAGCUUGCGUUGACCACAAGGGAGGGAGGAAUGAACUGACUGUCAAACAGGGGGACAAGAUUGAAAUCAUUCGCCUCACAGACAACCCAGAAGGAAAGUGGCUGGGCAGGAUUAAAGGAUGCUAUGGAUACAUUAAAACAACCAUGGUGGAGAUUGAUUAUGAUUCUUUAAAAAGAAAGCAAAAACCAUCUACCAGAGCUGCUGUGAAACAUACCGAGAGUGACCAAGAAACAUAUGAUGAUGUUGGAGAGCAGGACAGUACUAGCAGUCAAAGUGGUGACCAAGGUGGAGGUGGAAACAUGUUCUCAUCUCCUCCUUCUGAUCAAGACAUUUAUGAUGGAAUUGAUGAUGAAGAUGCUAUAGCUAGGUCUGUAUCACAGGAUGAAGAUAAGAAUGAUAUCUGGCCCUGGGGAAUCUUGAAGAGACUAAAGGUCAAAGAUGGCAAAAAGAAAAGUGUACGAGAAAAAACAGCCAAAGUCAAUGAGGCAGAAGAAAAUGAAAAUUUGUUCACCCCUUCUUCAACAAAGCAGUCUGGAAAAGAUUAUGGAGACAAUGUUUAUGAUGAUGUAGAUUCUUCAGACUUCCCUGCUCCGCCACCCGAAUCCAGCUUUAGUUCAUCAAAAUCAGGAAGCUUUGGAAAACCUAAGUCAGAUGAAAAAGAUGCACAAAAGCUCAAGAAGAUGGAAAAAGAAGAGAAAGAGUUCAGAAAAAAGUUCAAAUUUGAUGGUGAAAUAAAAGUUCUUUACUCUACAACCACCAUCCAGGAUUUGUCACAGAAAAGACGGGGACAUAAAGAUUUGCAAAUUAAACCAGGGGAAUCUCUUGACAUUAUUGAAAGUACAGAUGAUACCAAGGUCCUCUGCAGGAAUGAAGAAGGAAAAUAUGGCUACGUUCUGAGAAGCAAUUUAGUUCAGAAUGAUGGAGAGAUUUAUGAUGACAUUGGUGACGAUUGCAUCUAUGAUAAUGACUCUGAUGCUGCAUUCUCUUGAAAUAAAAACUUCAUUGAAGAUCAAACUCUAGUUUGGAAUCCCACUUGUGAAAGCAAGAAGAAUCACAAAUGCUGAUUGCAAGUUAAUUGGUGUCUCUUUUAAAUGCACAAUUAACAUUUUUUGGGAUUUCAGUCUUUUGUCCUUCAAUGCUUUUUAUUCCCAUUUAUCGGAGCAUUUAAAAUUGAGGGAAUAUAAGCAAAAGCUAGAGUUAUAAUUUUUCACUUCCUUUCCACAUUUCUUACAGUCCAUGUAGAAAUACAUCUUUAAUUAUCCAUUCCCAAAGAGGCCAGUUCACAUCUGUGAAGGGUCUUGAGGACAACAGUCCCUGGCAGCAGGUUUUACUCUGGCUUUCACUUAUUAAGCACCAAAGACAGCCACUGUGGGUAGAACAAUAUUCUGGAAAAAAAAAUGGUGACAGACAACAUUCUGUUGUGAAAAGAAGAAAUCAAAAGUGGGCAUCAGAGAAGACAAUGCACACUGACCUGCCGUUCCAGCUGCUGUAGUGUUAGCUACACUUGUUAGCGUUCAAAAACACAUAAUCACGGAGAGAUUAUAUGCGGUGCUUUUUAUUAAGAGCUCUGGGAAUCGGGGUAUAUUCAACCCAAACCUGACUCCGACCAUACAUCCGAAAUGAUCAUGUUUUAUACUCUAUCGUUACAUAACUUUCAUGUUAAGUAUUAAACUUAUAUUGUUCUAUUGUAUACAUAAAUUUAGCCCCUCUCUGAAUUUCCAACAUAGUUUCUCACUAUUCUUCUUAUGGUUAUAUAAUAAUUACAUUUAAUUACUAAACAAUCAUCACAUCUAACAAUUAUAUAAUUUAUCAUACUGCUUACACAGGUGCAGUUGAUCUGGGAAAGCACAAAGCCUAACAUUUUAGAUUCUAUCUUUAACUUUUUCCAGGGUUUCACUAUCACACUGACAUAUGCAGCCACGUUCCAUUAUUUCAAAAGUCUAUUUUUCCAUGUUGUACUAAUGAUAGAAUAUCAUUCUCUAAGAUUUAUCUGAAGUCUACUUUAGAGUGUAGUGUUCUACUUUAUGCUGCAGUGUUGCUCAAAAUAUAUUCAGAACAUUUAGGUUAAGAUUUAAUUUCUGUUUAGUUUGAAGAUAAGUUGUCACUAUAGUUGUAUAGAUAUUAUAAGCUAUAAACUGAUGAUAAACAGUUUGGAAAUUACUUCUAGAUUAAAUAUGUAGGUAUAUUUAUCACUCUAUUUUGAUAAUGCCCUUUUUUUCAAAGUAUUGUAGUUUACUACUAGAUUUGGCUAAGAAAGAGUACAGAACUCAAGUAUUUCCAUGCUUAUCCAUUGUAGAAAUAACUUUUAUUCCUAAAGUUCAUUUUUGAUGCUGUUGUCUGAAUGACCAAGUUGCAAAUAAAAGCAAAGUCAACAGGUAACUCAUAACGAUAAAUAUCACUUUACCCUUAUGUAUCAGAAGUCACUGGAAAUCAAAAGACAUUUACAGCAAGCUCCCAAUAAAGAGGGUGAGUGUGUGCAAAAAAUAGAACAUCCAUUGCUUUUGCUGUAGUGCAAAUUAAUCAAAAACCUGUAAUGACCAAUGUGGCUGGAUCAGUGGAAGCCGCUCCUUUUGAUGAACGAGUCUUGUACAAUGCUAAAGGGAAGUCAGGUACAUUGCAACAGAGCCAGUUUAGUUUAUAAACAUAAAAAAUGUCUCUGUUAAGUCAGUGACUUUUGGUCUCACCUUCAGUGAAGCUGAGAUUCUGUCUUCUAAAAGUGUCUGUUAUUGCUCCUUCAAAAUACAGUAAAUCUCAAAGGAGGCAUAAUGCAAUGGGGAUAUUAAAUAUAAAAUUAAGAGAUACUGGCUAUAAGCUAUUUUGUACUGUAUGUAAAAUCACUGAUAGUAUACUGAAAAGCUAUAUGCAACUUGGCUUGCUAUUUCUAUUUGCUAUUUCUCUUACCUAUUUGCUAUUCAACCAGCAUCCAGGCAUCAAAUAACAAUUUUAUAUGCAAACAUCAGCUGCAGCACCCAAAUAUAAAACAUGACCAUGCAUAUUAAGUGCAAUGAAUAUGUGUGACUAUUUGACUGUCAAUGCUAAUGGAUUAUUUAUUUUUCAGUGGCAUUCAAGAGGCUGUCUGCAUUAAAUUAGUGAUAUGCCAGAGAACUGAGUGGGCAUGCAGAUACCUACACAACUACAUAGUUCUUCCAUGUUCUUAGUGUUAAUUUGUAUAGGCACUGCAAUUCUGUAUCAAUAAGACUGACUAAAUUGGUCAUACGAUACAUUAAAUAAUGAAAAGAAAUAAAUAUAUUUAUGGCUAAAACUCUAUUCAUUGCUUGUUCAAAUCAAAUAUAAUGUGAUUGCUGCAGGGUGUUAAAAUGAACUUUUAAAGUAUUACUCAUCGAAAAAUUACUGGCAUUGUAUCUUUUAAAUUUAGCAAUGCUUUUUUGUAUUUCUUCUGAAUAAAAGUAUUUCUUCUGAAUAAAAGUAUUUCUUCUGAAUAAACAUUUGCUUAACUAGAAA